AUGAAGAAGUCUAAUAGCGUUGAAGAAUCUGAUAUUGCAUUCCGUCGAGCAGCAACAGACAAAAAAGGUGAAAAAAUUUACUACAGAUAUCCGACCGCAGUAGAUGACAGAUUGUUUUAUAAAAGGUAUCGAUUAUGUGACGACGAGGACGUAUGUCUUAUAAGGUUGUGGCACAACCGAUGGACAAAUGUUCAUCUGUUGGAAUUAUUCAUGUUCAUCGUUGAGUUGGGUGGCCGAGGAUCAUCUGCAGAUACCGUCGAUGCUAGUCCGUUGAGUGGAGCUGUUAGACAAAAUAUUAGAAGAACGAUGGUCGAUCUAAAUAUGCCACCUGAAGGUAAUCAAGAGGGGUCUAAUGUUGAAGUUCGUAAUGCUGACAUGAUGGAUGAUGAUGUUGAAAGUCACGAGGGUUCUGCUAUCAGGGAUAUGAUGAUGGAUCAGUACGAAGUUAACCCCGAUGACGGAGACGAUGCUAAUGAUGAACCAAUGGAAAUUCUUGAUGAUGGUGAUGAGGAAGAAGAGAUGAACUACUAUGGUGACACACAAAUCGCUCUGACACAGCCUAGAAGCCCCGAAGAGGAUCCAAGUAAUGAGUUCGAGGUUGGACAACAAUUUCAGAACAAGGAAGAAGUCAUGUUGGCAGUUAAGAGGUACAACAUCAGGAGGGACGCGGAGUAUAAAAUAGUGGAGAGUGACCAGUUGAGGUAUAAUGUACAGUGUAUCCAGUUCGGGCCUGGUUGUUCUUCGAAUAUUCUCAUAUCAUAUCGUCGAAAGCAAGAAAAAUGGGAGGUUAGGAGAUACACUGGUCCUCGUACUUGCAUGCAAACAUCGAUGAGGCAUGACCAUCGUAGGUUGGAUUCGAAGAUGUACUUGCCCGAUAAAAUUCAUUUCAUUGUGGUUAUUCGCUAUAAAAGAAGUCACCAUCUAUAUGUGCUAACUGUUGAUGUGUCGGUACUUGGGUGCAACUUGUGA